AUGGCACAAACAAACGAAUAUCAUCCCAUUUCCUUCAUGCAGAUGGGAAGCUCUUCUUCUUCUUCACCAAGAUUUCUGCAAGAUUCUUCUCAAGUGGAAACCCUUGCGUCUCGAAUGGGAUCACUCAACUUGUCCAAUCUUAAUACUUUCCAUGGUUAUCAGACCAACCAAUACCAUGAAGCUUCUUUGCAGCGCGUGAGGAAUAUCGAGUCUGCCAACGCCACGGUUCCCACGCGCCGUCACCAUCGUCUUCCUCAUGCUACUGGAGGUAUUUCGGGCCCACCAAGCGGUGAAGAAUUGGCUUGGCCACACUCACAUUAUACUCUUGAAACUCUUCGGGGAGGUUGGUUUUCAAUGGCAAAAGAUCCACGUGGGUCUCGUGUAGUUCAGCAGAAGAUCGACGAGGGCACACCCCAUGAAAACUUCCAAAUGGUGAAAGAACUCGAGUAUCAUUUGCACGAGUUAAUAAAACACCCUUAUGGAAGCUUCGUGAUUCUGAAGCUUUUUCAAUCAAGAAAUAUCAGCGUUAUCCAAAAGAACACUUUUAUCUCCUUGAUUACCGCUGACCAGCCAAAGCUGAGAGAUUUGUGCAUCCAUGAUCUGGGAGGUCGGGUUCUUCAGCAGAUUCUUGAGGUUGAAGAUGUUCUGAUCGCGAUAGAUCGAAUUACACAUGCUAUGAGCGGUGUCACUGUUGCACUUAUGAAAAAUUAUAAUGGUGGUUAUGUUAUUCUACAGUGCCUGAAGGCUAUUUUGGAUGUUGUAGCGCAGAACUGUCGUGAUAUUGCAGUAAAUAAAAACGGAUGCUGCAAUAUUCAAAAAAUUAUCCAUCACGAUGAUGUUCCAGCCUUCUAUGCUCUGAUCGAGAAUCUAAUCUCAAACGCUGAGGACUUGGCAAAAGAUCAAUACGGAAAUUAUGUGCUGCAGUUUUUGGUCAAAAAGAAGAUGUUGGAAGUGAAUGCAAUGUUGGUAUCAGAACUUCGCUAUAAAUUUGUUGGUUUAUCUAUAGACAAGUAUGCCAGCAACGUAGUGGAAGACCUUUUACACUAUUCGAGAACUGAGAGUGCUGCUCUUAUAGUGGAGGAGAUCAUGGAGAGCCCAAACUUUCUUCAAGUUGUUCAGCAUCAAUACGGGAAUUACGUUGUUCAGAGAGCUUUGCAAUACACUAAGGUUGGGUUUCGAUUGCAGGGCUUUUUGCAUGAAAGUCUUUGUGCCAUCAUUUUAUCUAAUCACGAGAGACUGAGUAGCUGUCUCCAUGGAAAAAUGGUUCUACAUGUUGCCCAAAAGAGCAGAAGGGUGAGAGGAUAG